CCCUUGAUCAGUUAGCUACAAAAUAUGAAGUCGGUCACGUUCGUACUCUGCCUGCUCGUUCUGGGCGCCCACUCGCUGCUGGUGUUCGCCGUGGAUUGCGAGAUCGGUGGGCAUCAGUUCAAGACCGGAGAGAAGUACACGCCGGAAGGUCGCUGCCUGCAGUACACCUGCCAGGGACCCAAACAAGUGUCUGCCUUGGGAUGCCCGGCCAUCGCCUCCCUGAAGCCCUGCAAAAUGGAAGAGGAUCUGAGCAAACCCUAUCCCGGCUGCUGUCCCAAGUUCAACUGCUGACAACGCCUCGCACGUCGAACUGCAAUUGUGAAAUGAACUAUGAAAACUGAAUAUAUAACUAUAGAAACAUA